UGUCUUUCAUGGUCACUUUCUAUAAGAUGCUCAUUUGCAUUUGCUCUGUUCUAUCUGGCUGCCUGAAACCUAUUUCUCAGAUUUUGGAUAUGAUAAAAGGUUUUAGACUUUUUGCUGAUACUGGAUUGAAGUGUCUGACUGGUCUCUGUGGAGGUGAUUGUUCUCUGACAGUUUUUUGGGAUAAAAAAUUUCAGGUGGUUGGUUGUUUUGUUUUUCAACCGCAGUGUGUCUUGUCUGCUUACAAAACGAACUGAGGACUCAUAGAUACAAUACCACCCACACUAGAUCUAGGCCAAUCUCUGGGACUGAAUUAUUUGAGGGGUCGUACUAUUCAGCCCAGGUUGGUGUUAGGCCUCCCUCUGGUACUGCCUCACUCUCUCCCUUGCUGUGUGCUGACCUGGGACCCCUGCUGCACAGACCUUGCUCAGGUACUACUUAACCCUCAUCUUAAGGGUCCAUAGUCAGUUCUUACUGUUCCUGAGAGGAAGAUACCUUUGUGAACAUUAUGGCUGAGGGUGGUAUCCCAUACCCCUCUGUAUUCAUGGUGGACACCCAUGCACCCUACCCUCCGCUUCCUCCCAAACUGAGGCCACCCAAUCGCCGUGGAAGUGUUGCCCAGAACCUUCUGUUCCUGCUGGUUGGUCUGGCUCUCUGUGGCUUGGCCAUAGAGGCCUGUUUCAUCUAUCACCUCUACUCCGAAAAGGGAUAUGAGGAGUCAGGGUCAUUUGCUCAGCGCGUUCAAGAUCAGCAAGACAUUUCAAAUGAUAUUCCUUCAACUCAAAGACCAAACCCGGUUGUGCUGCCAUCAAAACCUGUUGCACAUCUGACAGCUGGACCGCAAAAAGGCAGUGGAGAUGGUGUCAUUGUUUGGAACAUUGAGGAACCGCCACUCCUCCAUGGAAUGACGUACAGGGAUGGGAAGCUCAUCAUCGAGAAGGAAGGGUACUACUAUGUUUACUCCAAGGUCUUCUUCAGUGAGGUCACCAAUGUUUUCACACAUUUUGUCUGUAAAAGGACGCCACGAUACUCUGAAGAUAAAGACAUUAACCUGCUUCAGUCUAGAAGAUAUCAUCCCAAGUCUGGGCAUUAUAAUCCCACCUCAAAUAGUUACCUAGGAGGGGUGUUCCACUUCUUUCAGGAUGACUCCAUCUUUGUCAAGGUGAUAAAUAUAACUCAAGUUCGCAUAUCAGAGUCCACAGAGAAUUUCUUUGGUGUUUUCAUGAUAUAAGCCUUGGACAGAUUACCCCAAAUUAUUGUUAUGAUUUAUCACUGGAUUAAAGCUAAACAAAUACUGUAGGCGUCUGUAACUGUAAUAUAGUAAAUCAUGAAUUCAGAUUUUAAAAAAUCUCUAAUUCCUGUGGUUGUGUAGUGGUCAAAACUAGUGUCUUGGAUGUUCUGCUGCAGCAGGGGUGAGAAUUUUACCCGCUGCCAGAACUCACUCCUCCAUAUUUUCGCACCUGCCUGUCUAAUAAAGCAUAAAAAUGCUUAAGAUAUAUAUUUAAUAUCUAUAAAUUCAUGAGAGUCUUUUAAGAACAAGAAACCAGGCCAGCCUAGUUGUACCGGCCCGCAAUAAGGAGUGGUGAUCGUUGAUGCCCUCCCUGGGUUCAAACCCUGGUCUCCCAUGUACGAGACUGUCUUUUACCACUGCGCCACAGAGCAAUACAUUUAUUGUGUUUCAACAUAAGAUCAUUAACAUCACGCAGGGUGUCAAUAUUUUGCAAGACACCAUUAAGCAUUGUGUUAAACUGAGUAACGUUUCUU